GACUCCGACGAAGAAGUUGAGAAGCAGUGGAAAAGUUAGAUCGUGGAGCCACCGUUGUCGCCGAUCUCAGCGAAGGGGAAUGAAACGAAGUCGUUGGAGAAAGAUCUAGUGGAGUAGGAGGCGAUGUUGGAGAAAACAGACGAUUUUCUGAAGGAGAAUGGAUGAUAUCCUGAGGAAGAAGAAGAUGAAGAAGGAGAAAGUCUCGACCGUGUUCGUCGGAGAUGCUAGAUUGGUGGAGGAGCCGAAUUACAAAGAAUUCCACGGUAACAAUACUCGUGAUUCUUCUCUAGAUAUUCGGCGGCUAAAGUUGAUGGCUGAAGAGAUAGAAUUGGUGGUUAACGUUGACUGUUUCAGAAUAGCCGAGAGAGAAGCAAAGUACAGAUCAAAGAGUGCACAAAGAAAAGAGGGUGGUUUGAGUUCUAGUUACAAAAAUAGAUUGACAGAGAAAGGUUCAUCAGACGGAAUUAGUUGCACUUAUUCAAGUAUCAGAAAAUUUUCAGUGCAUAGACAUGCUCGAAGUUGCUACAUUUUGUGGUGCCAUAGAACCAGAGCUUUUACAGGGGAGAAGAAGUGGAAGAUUACUGUGAUCAAGUCAUCAUUAGAAGAAGCUGAUGUCUUGAUCUGGAAAAUGGAUCUUGAGGCUAGAAGUUUGCAGCCAAGUGCUAAAGCUGUAUCUGCUGAUCAAAGAGGAAGAUUGGCAAUGUCAGUGAAGAGGCUUGACCAAUCAAGAGACAGAGUCAGGGAGAUUAGAAGACUAAUGCUGGAGACAGAAGAGGUUGGCAUCUCAGUUUUCCAAGAUCUGAAUCAGCAAUGCCAAACCCUUCUUCAUGUGCACACCAAGGUUGUAAAAAUCGAUGGGCGUGUGAUUGGUGACGGAAAAGUUGGACGGGUAACAAGAACACUGCAAAACGCUUACAAGAAAGACAGAGGAUUCUGGUGUGCCAAUGCCUACUUACCAAGAACCCUGAAGUACAAAACGAGAGUUUAUUUUCAAUGUGAGACAUACAGAAAGCCUGAAAGGAUUUGGCUUCCAGGAUCAUAUGACACCUUCGGAGCAGCUCUGGUAUGUAAUAUGAGUAGUGGAUCAUCUUACUAUUGUGGUAGUAUCAAGUAUGCACCUGACUAGCUUGUGUUUAAUUGCUUCGUGACUGAGUCUAAUUGUGGAUGUCGAUGAUUCUAGAUAGGUAGAGAUUUUGAUGUUCCAAGAUUUCGAUUUUCACUUUCCUUCUGUUCUUCAGAGAGUUAAUGUUAUGUUGGACGUUCUUUGUGAUUAGUUGGCCAAAGUGAUUGUAUAGAUCUGUUGUUUCGGCUCUUGAUUAUGUGGGUUCACUUCUUUGUGUUAGGUUCUCUUUAUUAUAGAGUGUUCAUGUUUUCACGCUUGCUUUAGGUAGCUUAGGAUGAUGGUUUUUUAUUAGUUGUUUCCUGAACUCUGUUUAUUUGUUUAUGUUCUUUGACUAAACGUUUUCUUAGAGU